AUGUACAGCCAGACUCAUUUCCAUUCCACCACUCACGAGGUUCUUGCGGUCGUGGCUGGUCGUGCUAAGCUUUGUUUCGGCGGCGAGGGAAAUCCAGGUCGAUUUGAGCCAACUGUAAAACGCGGGGACUUGAUUAUUGUGCCUGCCGGGGUCGGUCAUAGACUAUUAAGGGACGAGGGAGACGAGGCGUUUCAGAUGGUCGGUUCGUAUCCACAUAACAAGGAAUGGGAUAUGUGCUAUGGGCGCCCCGGCGAAGAAGAGAAAGUACAGCAAAUCUCCCAACUCCCUUGGUUUGACCAGGAUCCAUUAUAUGGGGAGAACGGGCCGGCGCUUCGUGUACAUUAA